GGCCCGCCGGGCGGCCCCUGACGUGUCGGGGAGGAGCCGGGCGCCGAGGUGCGCGGAGUGGAGCUCUGGGCUGCGGAGGGGAGCGGAGCUGAGCGGCUGGGCGGGCCUGGCCAGGCCAGCGGAGCGGAGACGUCGGUCGAGCGGCGGCGAACAUGCGCUUUUGACACAUUGGAGGCUUUCUUGAUCAUGGAUGGUGAAGAUAUACCAAAUUUUUCAAGUUUAAAGGAGGAAACUGCUUAUUGGAAGGAACUUUCCUUGAAGUAUAAACAAAGCUUCCAGGAAGCUCGGGAUGAGCUAGUUGAGUUCCAGGAGGGAAGCCGGGAAUUGGAAGCAGAGCUGGAGGCACAGUUAGUACAGGCUGAACAGAGGAACAGAGACUUGCAGGCCGAUAACCAGAGACUGAAGUAUGAAGUCGAAGCACUAAAGGAGAAACUAGAACAUCAGUGUGCACAGAGCUACAAGCAGCUGUCGGUAUUAGAAGACGACUUGAGUCAGACCCGGGCCAUCAAGGAGCAGUUGCAUAAGUAUGUGAGGGAGCUGGAGCAGGCCAACGACGAUCUGGAGCGAGCAAAGAGAGCAACAAUAGUGUCACUGGAAGACUUUGAACAAAGGCUAAAUCAGGCCAUUGAACGAAAUGCGUUUUUAGAAAGUGAACUUGAUGAAAAGGAAUCUUUGUUAGUCUCUGUACAGCGGUUAAAGGAUGAAGCCAGAGAUUUAAGACAAGAACUGGCAGUCCGGGAGAGACAGCAGGAAGUCACCAGAAAGUCGGCGCCCAGCUCUCCGACCCUGGACUGUGAAAAGAUGGACUCUGCUGUGCAGGCAUCGCUUUCUUUGCCAGCUACUCCCGUUGGCAAAGGGACGGAAAACAGUUUUCCUUCACCCAAAGCUAUACCAAACGGUUUUGGUACCAGUCCACUAACUCCUUCUGCUAGGAUAUCAGCACUAAACAUCGUGGGGGAUCUCUUACGGAAAGUAGGGGCUUUAGAAUCCAAAUUAGCGGCUUGCAGGAAUUUUGCAAAGGACCAGGCAUCACGAAAAUCCUAUCUUUCAGGGAAUGUUAACUGUGGGCUGAUGAACAGCGACAGCACAAAGUUCCCUCGAUCAGGACACACGUCUUUCUUUGACAAAGGGCAAGAAAAAGUCCUAUUUCCCACGUUGUUCAUGGGGCAGUAAACGGCUUUGACCCAGCGCCUCCUCCUCCUGGUCUGGGCUCCUCGCGCCCGUCGUCAGCACCGGGUAUGCUGCCUCUCAGUGUGUGAGUGCCCGGCCUCCGGGUGGGGGCGCCUGCCCUCCUCCAACAGCCCAGGACACCCACGCCUCGUCCCUCGGUGCCUGGGCCCGGCCUGGGCCCCUGCGUCUGCCUCCCCACGGCUGGCAGAGGGCAGGCUGCAUGCGGCGGCGGCUGCUGGGCCCUGCCUGGCCCCAGGACUCUGCGCGAUAUCAAUACUGGCUAUUUCCUCUUCUCGCCGUGGUGCCGUUGGUCUCACGUGAUUGCACUUUUGUGGGUCACAAGGUGGCACGUCCGUGUACUCCUUGGUCACUGGAUGCAGAAGUACCCAUCAUCAUCACGCCCGCCCCAUAGCUCCCACCCAGCUGUACGGAUAGGGUUUAGUUGUGUUUAAGACAUUGCCGACCUUCUAGAAGGUCUCCCCCAGAUCAGGUCAACACGUGCCCCCGCCCUGCCCCCCCAGCUCCCGCCAGCUCCCGCCCACGCUUCUUCAGCGCUCACGAUCGCGUGUUCGCCAGCUCCACUCCCCACCGUGUGACCUGCUGCUGGUCGGGGGUCGGGAAGGUCACUGAGCUAGGGAACAUUUUCUGCACCUUCUGAUUUUACUUUAGCGGUUAUCAUUCCAUAGACUUGCCUCCCAGAGCAGCGAAAUGCCCGUCUGGACCCCAGCUAGCGGGAGCCUCUGGGGCCGGGGCA